GCCCGGGCCCCGGGGGAGAUGAAGCAGCAGAAAACUGCCCUGGCUAGAUCUACCAAUUCUGCAGGGAAGUGUUUGAGAGGCCACUGUUUCUGGGCUCUAUGAAAACGUGCACAGGCAAUGCAAGUUGGGAUGGCUCGGGACUUGGAAGAAACGGGCUCGUCUUCAGAUGAAGAUGUCGUGGUGGAAGGACCAGAGGAUCACCCGUGCAUCAUGUGGACAGGUGGUUACAGAAGGAUCCCAAUCCUGGUGUUUCAUGCAGAAGCUAUCCUAACAAAGGACAGCUACAUCCGCUUGAUUGGAGAGCGCUAUCGUUUGUCUUACAAGAUUGUGCGAACAGACAGUCGCUUGGUUCGCAGUCUUCUGUCUGCUCAUGGGUUCCGUGAGGUGCAUCCCAGCAGCAAUGAAUAUAACCUAAUGUGGACAGGAUCCCACUUGAAGCCCUAUAUUCUACGAACCCUUACAGAUAUUCAAAAAGUCAAUCACUUUCCCAGGUCCUAUGAAUUAACUCGAAAAGACAGAUUGUACAAGAACAUCAAUCGAAUGCAGCAGACCUAUGGAUUCAAGACGUUCCAUGUCCUGCCUCAGACCUUCAUCCUCCCAGCUGAAUACCAAGAAUUCUGUAAUUCCUACUCAAAGGACAGAGGACCUUGGAUAGUGAAGCCUGUAGCAUCUUCUCGGGGUCGAGGUGUCUAUUUGAUAAACAGUCCAAAUCAGAUUUCUCUGGAAGAAAACAUUCUGGUCUCCCGCUACAUCAGCAACCCCCUGCUCAUAGAUGACUUCAAAUUUGAUGUGCGGCUGUAUGUUCUGGUGACAUCCUAUGACCCACUUGUUGUUUACCUCUAUGAGGAAGGUUUGGCCAGGUUUGCCACCGUGAGAUAUGAUCAGGGAACAAAGAAUAUUAAGAACCAGUUCAUGCAUCUAACAAACUACAGUGUCAACAAGAAGAGUGGUGACUAUGUCAGUUGUGAUGACCCUGAAGUAGAGGAUUAUGGGAACAAGUGGAGUAUGAGUGCAAUGCUGAGGUAUCUGAAACAGGAAGGGAAAGAUACUACGG